AUGGCGGACACACCGGCCAGGGUGAAUGGCGGACACACUGGCCAUAUGACAGCUAGGGGCAACGGGCCUAAACAGCACUACCAAGAAGGCUCUGUAAAAGUUUCUGGGGAAUACUGCACAACAAAGGAGCUACUUACCACUGUGCAGAAACCCUGGUGGCCUUGUGGAUCCGACCAGCGAAAAGAUGCAGCCACUACGGGCACACACCAAGAGAAUCAAAAGCGGCAGUCCGGCAGCGCAGAUACCUUCAGUCCACAAAGCGUGAAAAAGCACGAUGUUUACGAGACGUAG